GCGGGCGCUGCAGUCCCCCCGCCGCCGACGGUAGCGGCAGUGCCAGUGUCCGCCGGCCGCCUUCUCCUUCUGCCUCUCACCGCGGCUCAGCGGCCGCUGGCUCCGCUUCUGCGCGCGGAGCGGCUCGCGCCGGCCGCGCGGGCUCGGAGAAGCAGCCAACUCCCGCUCCCAGACUGAGCCCAGGACUGACAGCGACCCUGAUUCCCUGCCGGUGCUGCCCCAAACACCGCUUCCAAGUUAAGGGCCCCUUUCUGUUAAUGCAGCACCUUGGAGACCCCAAAUGUGUAACUACCUCUGAGGAGAUGAUCCAGACUGAGUGGGCCCUGGGCUUGCCUGGCUACAGUUGAAGUGGCACUGGUAGAUGGUGACCGUAGAAACGAUUGAGAAGAGGGUUGGAUAAACCGCUCCCUGAGAGCCUGACUGGAGGGCUCAGUGCUGCGGAACAGCUGGCCCAUGUCUUGGUGAUCUCCCCUUAUUUGGACCGGCGUUUUGGCUGAAGAAAAAGAUAUCAAGAAGAGAUGGACUGGAACGUAAGACCACUCCAGAAUGCUGAUACAAAGAACCACCUGCAAAAUGAAGAAGCAUGUUACACUCAGUUGUUUUCUAAUGCAUAUGCUUUUCAUCGGACAAACGCCUGUUCCUCUGAAGAUGCAUGCACUUAUGCUGGAAAUAACCAAACGGUCUAUUUGCCAGCUAACGAUGUUGCCUUCCCUCCAAUAAAUGCUGAAGGAUUCAGAACUUCAGAGCCGGCCUUACCAGGAGCAUCUGUAGCUGGUAAUGAUAUUUUUAUCUCUAAAUACUCGGUUGAUCGACAUCCACCGUCCUGUGUACCAAGAGCUCCAAAAUCUCAGAAUCAGACAUCACGUUUGCGGACAGAGAUGACUCGGACUUCUUGGCCAAAUUCUAGUGCCUACACUUAUUCCUUUAGAAAGUUACCUCCCAUGGCUUCUCAAGUGAACACUGGAAAUAACGUGAGGAAUGUACUUCAGGAACCUCAGUAUGUCAGCCCAAAUGGUUACGCUGUGCAGCCACAAAUACCACAGCACAAUUCUAUGAGAACUACAAUGUUGUAUCAAAGUCACAUUCAUUCCCAGAAUAAUUCUGCAUAUCUUGGUACAUCUGGGCAACAGGUCCAAAACCAAAUGUAUCAUUCCAACACUCAAUUUAAACUUUUACACUCGCUGAAUCAAAAUUCUGCAGCAAAUGUACAGCUGCUACAGUAUCGACCAAGUCAGGUGGGAUCAGAAGCUCCUAGGGGAUGUUCUGCACCAUCUUUAUUGCCUGCCAACUGUGAUUCCAGAGCUGCAGCACCAUCUUCAAUAGGUGUACCGCAGGCAGUUCAAAAUGUGCCUAAUGGAUACACCCUUAGCCGACAGAGGUGCCCAUCAGAUCCAAAAAGUGCUUCUGGUUUUAACAGUGUUCAGCAACACUGUCAGAAACAGCAAUCUGGAGAAGUCAGUCAAUCAGUUAGGAAUGUCUGUAAUUCAAGUGGAAAUGUGACAGCAAAUCAGCCUUUUAAUGAAAAGUCUGUACCAUGCCCUGGCAUUUCCAAAGAACUGCAUGAGGUUGUGCAAAAAAUAGAAACUCUUUCUUCGGUGGCUGCUUCAAAGCCACUGAGUGAUUCUGCCUCAGUUCAAGAAAGCCAGACUAGUAGUUUAAUGAAAGGGCCUGUUAAUUCUCAAAUCUCUUCAGCAGCAGCAUCAGAAGGAAGAAAAAUUACAAAGGACGCACUAGCCUGGGAAGCUCAGAAGCUGCUCGCUAUUAAAAAAAAGUGUAUCCUGCUUGAAAGACUGCAUCUCUAUAAAAGAAAACUCUUAGCAGCUUCAGAACAUGACAAAAGUAUGCCCCCGCUUCCUGCAAGUUAUCAAGGUGCGCUUGCUAAUUGUCCUCCAUGGGUGCCCAACCAAAAUGUACCCCCUUCCCCAUCUGAAGCGGUGAGGACACAGUGUCCAAUACUUAACUCUUCACCCGAAGAAAGAAGCGACAAAAAGGCAGCCAGUGCUCAUAACGGAGGAUUAGAGGUGACUCCAAGUAAUCCUUGGGUGGAGCAGGGAAGCCUUUCAUCAAGCUCUGCUCCUGUUCCCUCUCAGAACAAGCUCCCAGCUCAACUAAAUAAUCCUGAGAGCACUCUCAUCUCAGAACAGAGGGAUGCACGUGCUUUGGCCUCUUCUCAGAAACAUGUGACAUCCUUGAACAAUGCUUCCUGUUUUAGUCAAGUGGAUAGCUCUAACAAAAUUGCAUCAAAGAAAGUGCCAGCUAUCCCUGGAAACUCAUCAUUUCUUCAGUUUGUAUUGAGCAGCACAAAUAUAUUGAAGGAGACGACAGCUGGUGCUACUGCUGAUAAAAUACUGACUAGUCUCCUGUGUAGUAAAAAACCACUGGUAGAUACAUCUGUCUCAGAUGGAAGCUUACUAAAAGACACUAGUGAGAAGAACGUAGAAAGUUUGAAAGGUGAGCAGGAAUUUAUGGUUCACACAAAUUCUCCUGUAUCAGAAACAACCAAAUCUGGUGAAACUAAAUUCCAGAGUGAUGUAGCUCAGAAAAAACCGCCAUUUACUGAAAAUACAUCUCUUAAACAGAGUAAUUCCAGUUACUCUGUGGAAGAGCUAACUGCAUGCCUGGGCUUAUGGAGAAAUUCAUCGGAAUCUGUAAGUGUGCAAAAUAGCCAGUCAGAUGAAAACCCCACAGCAAAUCAGAUUUCAUCUUACAGCCAAAACACAAAACAGCAGGAGCAAAAUAAUGUUCUGGUUAGUACAGAUGAAGCUAUUUUGCCUGUAACACCUGCUUCUGUAGGACAAAAACUUGAUACAUUGAAUUGCAAUUUGAUAAAAAGUUUUGAACUCCAAGUUGCAGUUGUCUCUCCUUUAGUGCUUUCUGAACAGAGAACACAGAGUGAGCAGACAGACAAACGUCCAACAUCUGCAGGUAAACCCUCUUCAGAGAGUGACUCUGGAAGCGCAUGUAGCUUGCAAGAAAAGGGGAAAAAUGCUUUAAGUGUAGUAAAUACUUAUAAAGGAGGACCAGAAACUGUUCAGUUGUCACCCAGUGAUUGUGUUCUGGUACAGAAAGUGGACUCACCUUUGCAACAGACCAAAUUAGAUGAUGGAAACAGAAUAGUAAAAACCAAUGUGAGUGCAAAUGAAUCACAUAAUGAAAACCAAAGGAAAGUUAGUCAGUCUGCACAAGAUGACAGAGAAAAUCUGCAGUGUGGAUUACAAAACAAGCCUUCUCUUCCUGAACUGGGCAUAAAUGUUUCUAGUCAAAUGUUUCAAGAAGGUAUGAGAGACCAGAAAGACAAGCGAGAUGUGUUAGGCGCAGGGGAUACAUCCACAGCUGUGUUGGAAGAACAGCUAUUUUGUAUUUCUAGUGUAUGUUCUCUUGUUGAAGGUGAUACAUCUUAUAAUCCACAAAUAGCAAGUAUCUUUAGGUCUAUCCCUGAGACACACGCAUUAAAUGGUACCUCAUCAGAAGGAAAUUUGUCUGACCCAAGGCAAAAGGAUCAAUGGCUGAACUUGUAUAAAAAUGAGCUGCGUGAUAACACUCCCCAAAGAGACAGCUUGCUGCAAAAGAGGUUGGAAGAGUCAUCAAGCUGCACGAAUAAAGCAGGUAAGAUUAUGGAUGGUAUCACUACUAGUCAUUUGGAGAAAGAAAGCAGUGGCAAUCCUCUUAAAACAGUUUGUACCUCAGAACAAAGAAGAUCAUUCAAUGCAUCUUUCAUGCAUUCUGAAAAUGACUUGGAAACUCUUGACAGUAUAAACCAGGAGUCAGCUCAAAAUUCACUAGAUCUCUCGCUCAGUGUAACUGCUGAAACAAAUGCAUUUGCUGUUCCAAGAGACAACAGUAAACAAAAUUGCAUGUCCAGUAAAAAUAGCAUGGAAAAAGAGGUGAACAUUUUUGGAGCAGAACCUAUUAAAUGUCUAAACAAUCAGCUGUCUGAACUAAUGAAAGAGUUUCCAUAUGGCAUUGAAGGUGCUGAUAUGCUAAUAGAAGAGCCAGUACAAAAUGAUUAUGUGGCUGAGCAGAUGGAAAAUCAACCUCAAAAAGAGACUCAAAUUUGUGAGAAGAGUUCUCAUCUGAAGGACCCAGUAGAUCAGAUAAGAAUUGCAGUAUUAAGCCUUGAUCAGAUGCAAGAUCUGUUUCCUGACCAAAACUGGUCUUCCUCUAGUGACAGGAAGAGAGUAACAAGUCAACAGUCAGAAAAGGCUUCAGCUGAGGAGGAGAGCCCUGAAGGCAGUAUUCAGGCUAGUCAGAGUCUAUAUGAUGAAAAAAAAAAGGCACAAAAAACCUCCCACCCCAGGAGAAAAAUAAAUAAUUGUUCUGUAACGGGUUUGCGGUCUGUAGCAUGUAAAAUGCCACAGUACCCCUGUAAAUUUGGAACAUCUGGUUCAGAGAAAAAUGAUGAUCAACUCUCAAAAGCUGAAAAUACUAGCGCUCCAGAUGGACAAGAAAACAACAGUAAAUCUGAUGCCAUAAUGAACAACAACUGUACAGUGGGAAACCUGCCAAUUUCUGAAAAAAUUCCAAACAGUGUUAGCAAAAAUAAAAAAGAUAUUUGCAAAUACACCUCUGUAAUGAACAGAGAAGCUAGGCUAAAGGUGAAUAAUGAACACAACCCGCUUACAACACAACAGGAAAAAAUUGGACCACUUAAUUCCUUUGAAAACCAGGAUGUUGAUAAAUCUGAAAGGAGUAGCUGGAAGGAAGGGCUGCAAAUCGACAGAGGAACCCCAUUGUUAGACAAAGAAUUUCAUUCUGACAAAAAAGAACAAAACACAGUCUCAGAAGAGUUGUCAGAGAAAGCUGGUCAUGCAGAUGCAGACAUCAUGACACAGUCAUCAAGAAAGGAAGAGGGAGUUUUCAAAAUGGAGUCCCUUUCAAAAGAUGAAACCAAAACAGGUUUGGCCAUGAAAUCCAAAACAGAUAUUUACAAAUUUACAGAGUCAGAAACUGUUGAAGUUAAGCAUGUUGAAGUCAAUCAAGGACAAAAAAUUAAAACCUGCGAAGAGACCUCAGCUGAAGAACAGUACUGUGGGAAGCAAAAGGAGACACAUGGGCAAGAUGCAGGAAUUAACAUAAAAGAGAAAGCCAAAUUAUCAGCAGAAAUAAAACAUAAAAUGCGGAAGAGUUAUUGUGCUGAGGUUACAAAGCUCCCAACUUUUGCCACUGUAGACUUAAAGUCAAGAAACCACAAAUAUUCUCAGCAUAAAACUAUGAAAGUUCAUCCUUCACAGGAGCAGUUGUACAAACGGAAGAGGAAAGAAAAUAUGAUUGGGAAGAGAGACCCUAAGAAAACAAAGGUGGAAGAGGAAAUACUGAAACAAUCUGAAGCAAAGAAUUCCAAACAGCUUUCACAUCAUUGCAUGAUAAAUACGGACAAAGUUAAAAAACUGAAUGGAGAAAAUGGCUGGAAACGAAAGAGUUCAUCAGCAGAUCGCUCUGUGCUUAAACUACAGAGGAAAAGGGCUCGAUCUUCUACCACCUCUAAAAACUACUUUUCUAACAAAGAGAGAUGUCUCGAUGGUCAAAACAAAGACAAGUGCUCUGAAAAAAUGUUUUCAGAUAAAAACUUACUAUACCUAAAUAGAAGAAAUAACAGGUUAAAAUUGCAUAUUCAAAAGGAACCAAAAAAGCACUACCUGAACAGAGUUGCAUUUAAGCGUACGGCACAGGAGCGCAUAUAUCUGACAAAAUUAGAGACAUCACCUGUCAGACCCGCCUGGCAUAUAAAGUCCAAAGAGUCACAAAAGAGCCCAAUUGUGAAAAGGGAUGCUUCUGUCUCAGGAGUUGAGAAAUCAUGCAAACUGGAAGUACUUGAAUUUAAGCUGUGUCCAGAGAUACUGUUCAGAAAUCCAACCGCUGAUGUAGAAAGCUUAGCUGCAAAGAAUUCCCUGGAAAGAGAGAAAGUCAUUGUGGCAGGUGUCAAGAGUAAAAAAGAAGAUUGGUUAAAAUGUGAUCCAGUGAAGCAAAAAAAGCUGGAAGAGAUUUCUACAGCUGAGGACAGUAUUCCACUUGAUACAGCUAUACAGAUUCUGGAUGGAGAUCGUGAGACUGUUCACAUUCCAAUCAAAGACUCAAAAGAGAUGUUUCAGACCUACAGGAAAAUGUACCUGGAAAAAAAGUUGCAAAAGCCUUGAUAGCACUCUUGUAUCAUAGGUCUUAUUUAGUAUCACUGGGGAAAAAAAUGCCAGCACUAAAAUGGUUUUUCCUGUUUACUUCGUAUUUCUGAAAAAUUGUUAAAAAAAAGAAAUUUCUUUUGGGUGUUGGCAGUUGCUUCCCCUGUUUGCCUCAUAUCUGUGAAUGAUUGAGAUCUGGUUCUGUAUUUAUUGCACAAAUAUGCUUUGGUGCUGAAAACGCUGUUAUUAAAUGUGUUGUUUCUUUUUGGCAUAUAUUAAUCUUUUUUUUUUUUUGUAAAUAUACAGGAGUUAGUUGAAUCUUUAAAAAAAAAAAAUCUCAAACACAUUUAAAUUGUCAUCGUCUGCUUGCUUUUCUGAUUCUGCAAAACUUCUACUUGUGGUACUUUCCAUUGCUGGCAGUAGAAAAAUAUCCUUGCUGGAAAGGAGUUGUAGUGGAUUCCCAAGCAUUACACCUUUAUUUUCUAUUUAUGCUAGUCUGAUUGUUGUGCUUCUUAACAAGGCUUUCUAUUUUUGUAGAAACUUUUUUUUUUUUUAAACUGGGAAUACAGUCUAAAACCCUCAAACCAGACAUACAGAUCAGGGGAUACCAUGAAGUAUUUAUGCUGCUAGCCAGUUUCCUUACGUUUCUUUUUGUGGAACUUUUACAAAUCGAACUCUGAGUUCUUCAUCUGAACACAAUGCUGUAAACUGAUACUUGGCUGAAGACUUCUCUCUUUUUUCUCUCUCUCUUUCUGCUUUCUUUACACUUGAAAGAAAAGUGCGAUGGUUGAAGCACGGGGCUUUGAAUUCACUCUUCUCUGGACUGUGUUGCUCACUUUAACCAGACUGUAAUUAAUUUCUUUGUUCAUAAAGUGUUAGAUAAUAUUUGACUACACAUUCACUGUGACAUCAGAGUUAUAUUUGUUGCUGGGUAUCUUUUGUUUAAGUGCCUUUUUACUAUUGUUCAGAAUUUUGAAUGGAAUCAUAUUUUUUCAGAAAUUUGGUACUUGAUUCUUUCUACCUGUUUAAACCUUUAUACUGAAAGUAAAAACUCUGUAGAUAUUUCAUUGAACAAUUUUUAUACUUGAAAUAAACUUUGAAGACUA